AGGGCGAGCGGAAGAAGGGCCCGUACGCCAUCGGUUACGACCAGCGGAAGCGGCCCGGGCAGCUGCCCGGUGAGCGCCAGCAGUCGGCCCCGGCGGAGGCGCCCCAGGAGGAGGCGCCGCCAGUGACACCCAUGAGCAUGGGGAUGGACCUGGACGAGCAUCACGAGUGGUGCGUCAAGAUGUGGAGACGCAUGGACCGCGACGAGAGCCAGGAGCUCACUGCGAAGGAGCUCGACUGCGAGGAGUUCCACUCGAUCCUCCGCGGCGUCCUGGCCCCGCAGGCGGCGUCGGGCAAGAGCGUCGGCGGGACCACGUACCACAGGGCGGAGAUGAACAUGAACCGGGCGAUUAAUUUCUGCAUGCAGAAAGCGGACUUCAGCUCCGACGGGACCCUGAAUUUCAAGGAGUUCAAGUCGUUCAUGCUCUACAUGCGCAACAGCCGGCAGAAGAGCACCGCCGACAUGAUCUUCGCCCUCUUCGACCUUGACGGGGACGAGGAGAUCGAGGAGGCGGAGUUCAGGGAGAUCUACCGGUUCUACCUGGGCCACUUCCCCACGGAGGACGAGUUCCAGGCCGAGUGGGCCCGCCUGGACAGAAGAGGGGAGAUGAAGGUUAGGCGCAAGGACUACAUCCACUGGCUGCGCACCUCUCCGAACAAGCUCUUCUCCAUGCACGCCCCCCCCGUGGAGGGCGGAGCUCCCGCGGAGAGGACGCCGGAGCGGGCCGGCAGCCCACAGCAGCGGAGCAUGAUGUCCAGCAGCUCCCGGUCCCUGCCCGACCUGGCGCGGAGCCGCCGGGCCAUCUCCGGCGGCAACAGCUGGGCGAGGCGCUCGCCUGGGCCCGGCCUCGUGCCCCCGUGGAGCGAGCGCAGCCUCGAGGACCGCCCGAAGUGGAACCAGCGGUUCAACGUCGGCGUCAACAUGAACACGCACAAGCCCAAGGGCCAGCGAGCGUACUUCUCGCGUCCCCAGUCGCUGCCAGAGCUGAAGCGGUACUACGAGACGCACACCGGGUUCGACAAGCACAUCGAGAGGCUGAACCAGCCCAAGAAACCUGCGCGGAAUCCGAGAGACGACUUCAGCUUUGUAUUCUAAGGCGCUCGCUGCCCGCGCCCUGGGAGACCCGUCCCAACGGCGCGCUCGUGAGAACGGGCGCGCCGGGGAUUCCUCCCCCCCGGCUUGCUCCACGCCGCCUUUCCGUGCCGUUUCCGCUCCGAUCUUGGAGCAUGUCCAUGUCCACCAUGUUCGGGGGACAGUUGACGGCACACUCGCGGCCCCUCCCCGGGGACCGACGCCCCGUCCCGGGGGCCGCGCUCCGAGGCCCCCAGAGAGCCCGAGAGCGGCCCGGCCUCGCCCGCGGCAUGGGCCGCAAAAGCGGCGAGGGGACAUGCCCGACCUGACCCUUCCCCCCACUCCGCUCGCCGGCGAACUCUUCUCGCCCCGCGCCGCGCCAGCGCGCCUCGCGCCGGGAAAGCUGGCACAUUUCGCGCCGGCUUCCCCCGGCGGCGGCGCUCCCCCGAAUGGGGGAGGGCCCGCGCAGGCGGCCCGCGGCCGCGCGGGGCGCGGGGCCGUGCGCGCGCGGUGUGUGCGCGGCGCGGCGUGGCAGC